CCAUUGUUCAACAGAGACCUAGUAGUUCAAGGAAGUCGUCAAUCUGAGUGUUGAAAGAAAAUUAAACUGAGAAAGAUGAAUCAGCGGGCAGCCAUUAGAGGGAGGCCGUCCGGAACUGAUGGCUCUGAUUUCUCCUACCGCAUGGUCGUUGAUUCCAGAUACACGAAAGUUGCAAAAGCAAAGUCUCUUCUGGCCAAAUUGAUCUUCGCUCAGGUUGUAACUCAAUUGAUGAUAGCAGCUAAUGUAUUUGUUUCAUUAUCAAAGAACGAGUCUCCUGAUAGAGUUUCGGUUUCUUCCCUUGUGAUUGGCUUCGUGUCUAUUGUGGCAGGAGAAUUAGGUCGAAAGAAAAGCCGAUCCAACUUUCUGAAGUUUUAUGUCUUUGGGUCAUCAAUGGCAAUCAUGCUGUCUGUGGCAUAUCUUGCUAUGAGCAAUCUCCAAUUGGAGGCUUUCCAAAAUUUUACGAGUUUGGAGACUCUAAAGAUUGCAGCUGUCCUACUAGGAUUUGUGGUACAAUUAUUUGUAAUUGGUACAACCGUUUCUCUUAUUAAAAAUAUGGCACCUCCUAAGAGGGCUUCUUGAUUAUUAGUGUAACUCUGGUGUAACUCCAAAUGUCUUUUGACUGACUAAAGAGGAUUCUUACAUUCAUCGGAUUCAACGGAGAUGGUGCUGUAAGUUCCCUUUAUCAAUGCAAUUUUUGCAAGCUUUUCUGAUUUUAGAUUACUGAGCCAAGUAUCAGACUGAUGCAUGAAGACUUAAUACAUUCAGUGUUGGCGUAGACGUAAGAGUGCUGGAUUUAGAAGGAUUCAUACUGGAGCGAACUCACUUCCUAUCUUUUACCUUAUGCUCCAUUAUGUGCAAAGAUUGCUGCUCGCGUGUAGCAGAAUGCACUUGCAUUCAAUUUUGUGAGGGCACUGGUUGACUGGUGUUCCAAUGCACAUUUUGGUUAAAUACUUAAUGAAGAUUUUGAGAAUCGGGAUUUAUUUGGAUGAUCUUAAGGUGGCUCUUGUUUGUUG